AUGAAGUCUUGGGUGCGCUUGUGCUGCGUUCUGGUUCUGCUGGCUCUGUCUGCUGCAGGGUCUUCCAUCCAUGAUGAGGAGCCACUGGUACCUCUGCGGCUCCAGGAGGCCGAAAAGAACCUCUUCCCCUGUGGAUGCGGCACAACAGAGGAGCAUCCCAGCCAGAGCACCUCCAAUGACACCCCAGCCCCAGAGAGGCCCAUGUGUCAGCCCUGCAGCCCGUCACCUGCAGCAUCUGAGGAGGAGCUUGAACCAGAUCAGACAGCACAAAUCAAGGCUUCCGCCGUUGAGGUAACAGGAAACGUACAAGAACAGAACGAAGCUUCUCUCCAAGACAUUGUGGCAGAAGAGGAAAACCAAGAGGGGGAGUCAUCUCAUGAAUCACAGGAGGAGAAGGUGGAGAAUGAAGUUGUUGCAUCAACUGCAGAAGAGUUCAUGGAUGAGGGGGAGAAAGGCGAAGCAGAGGACUUACCUCAAGUUGAAGCAGUUGGUGCUGAUCUCGAAGAAGAAGAACUAAUACAGGAAUUGGAAAUCGAUCUAGAACAGGAGGAAGAAGUGGGAGAAAUUGUGCUGAAGGAUGCCAUGAUAGAGGAAGUAUUUGUAGAAGCUGGAUCAGAACCAGAGGAGAUUCUUAAAAUGGUUGCAGAGUCAGAAGAGACCACAGACUCUGAACCAGAAAUUAUAUCAGAACUUGAAGCAGGACAUGACACAGAUCCAGAAGUUAUGUCAGAUCUCGAAGCAGAACCACCCAUCGUGUUUGAACCUGAAGCAGAAGACGACACUGAACCAGAAAUCAUGUCAGAACCUGAAACAGAAGAUGACACUGAAUCUGAAAUUAUGUCAGAACCUGAAACAGAAGAUGACACUGAACCAGAAAUCAUGUCAGAACCUGAAGCAGAAGAUGACACUGAACCCGAAAUCAUGUCAGAACCUGAAACAGAAGAUGACACUGAGCAAGAACCAGAUGCAAAACCAGCCAUCAUUUCUGAACCUGAAGCAGAAGAUGACAGUGAACCAGAAAUCAUGUCAGAACCUGAAGCAGAAGAUGAGGCUGAGCCAAAAACAAAUGCAGAACCUGUGUCAGAAACUGAAGCAGACGAUAAUACUGGACCACAACCUGAAGCGUUUACAUCAGACCCUGAAGUGGAAUAUCAUGCAGAUCCCACAUUCACAUCAGAACCUCAAGCGGAAGAUGUUGCUGAACCAGAAAUGAUAUCAGAAUCUGAAGCAGACAAUAAUCCUGAAGAAGAAUCUGAUGUAGAACCAGAAGUCACAUCAGAACUUGCAAAUGAGGAUGUUGAACCAGAACAUGCAAUCGAUCCAGAAGUGAAAUCAGGACCUGCAGCAGAUGACGGUUUUCAUCCACAACCUGAAGCUGCAUCUCAUGCACCAGAAGUUACAUCAGACCCUGAAGUAGAACAUAACGCUGAACCAAAAGGGGUAACAGGUUCUGAAGAGGGAACACAGGAAGUUACAAAUAUUGUUGUUGAAGUAGAUGCCCAACAACUUGAACUUGUUCCUGAGCCUGAAGCAGAGCCACAGGUUAUUCCGGAAGUCGAGACAGCUGGGGAAGUCACACCACAGUCCGUUGAGGAAGUAAAAUUGGAAGAUUUUGGAGAGGAAACCACAGCAGAGAAGGCUCCUCGGGUGGAGGACACUCCUGUGGAGGUCAAGAAACCUACACAGUCUAAGGACAAAGGAAAAGUAAAUGAGGGUCCAGCACUGAGGGACCUCUCCCACAUUGAGGACACACUGCGACUGGCAGCUGCUGAACCCUCAGCUCAGUUGACAGCCGCAAUGAAGAAGCUUCUGAACGUCUACCACACCGCCAUCAAACCAGUAGAGCAAACCUACAAGUACAAUGAACUCAGGCAGCAUGAAGUCUCAGAUGGAGAGAUACACUCAAAGCCUAUGGUUCUGUUCCUUGGACCCUGGAGUGUUGGCAAGUCCUCUAUGAUCAACUACCUGCUCGGUCUUCAUGGCACAUCACAAGAACUCUAUACAGGUGCUGAACCCACUACAUCCGAGUACACCGUCAUUAUGCACGGAGAAAAGUUGCGCACAAUAGAGGGCGUCGUCAUGGCCGCCGACACCUCGCGUUCCUUCUCCCCCUUGGAAAAGUUUGGUCAAAGUUUCCUGGAACGACUGGUGGGCUACGAGAUGCCCCACAAGCUGCUUGAGAGGGUCACCAUUGUUGAUACCCCCGGCAUCAUCGAAAACCGCAAACAGCAGGAGAGAGGAUACCCUUACAACGAGGUGUGCCAGUGGUUCAUUGACCGAGCUGAUCUCAUUUUCCUGGUGUUCGACCCCACCAAACUUGACGUUGGUGGGGAGCUUGAAAUGCUCUUCAGACUGAUGAAGGGACGCGAGUCCCAAAUCCGCAUAAUCCUCAACAAGGCUGACAGUCUCUCCACCCAGGACCUUAUGAGGGUCUACGGGGCCCUGUUCUGGAGCAUGGCGCCCCUCAUCAAUGCCACGGAACCUCCUCGGGUGUAUGUGAGCUCUUUCUGGCCUCAGGAUUAUGCAGUAGAUACCAGUCAGGACCUUUUUAUGAAAGAGGAGAUCUCUCUGCUAGAGGACCUCAACCAGGUGAUUGAGAACCAGAUCGAGAAUAAGAUUGCGUUCGUCCGGCAGCAUGGCAUCCGUGUGCGCAUCCAUGCCCUCCUUGUGGACCGUUAUCUGCAGACCUACUACGACAAGGUGGGCUGGUUUAAUGACCCCUAUGAGGUGUUCCACGACAUCGUCACUGACCCAGACAAGUACUACAUCUUCAAGUCCAUUCUGGCCAAGACUAACGUCAGCAAGUUUGACCUGCCUAGUAAGGAGGCCUAUCAGGAUUUCUUCGGCGUGAAUCCAAUCUCCAACUUCCAGCAGCUGUGCUACUACUGCAGCUGGCGCGGCGACUGCAUGCUGGAUCGCUUAGAGAAGGCCAUCUCGCAGGAGCUCCCCAAUCUACUUAUGAGUGUCAGCAAGGCCAUGCCCGCCCCAGCCAAGCCUGCCCCGACACCUCAAACCUCAGCCGCCUCCGCCGCCUGCAAGGGGCCUGAGUGUGAGGAGAAACCCAAAAAUCGUUGGAGGAAGCAGUGAGAUGAAUUAGAAUGGUGCAGGGUGAAAAACCACAGAAGCAGCAGCCUUGCAGGGGCUUUUCUGCAUAUUGGGAUUCUAGAAAAUGAACAAGGACGGCAAAACAGAGAAUGGGAGAGAACAUUUGCCAAGGUGUACAAUGCCUACCUGGGUACAAAAAACAUAACAAAAAAUUAGGGCUGUCAAAUUUAACACAUCAUAAGAUUAAUCACAACAAAUUAUCGCAGUACGCAGAUUUAUUUUGACAAUGUGUCCUUCUUUACCUCAACCACGGAUGGUUACUUGAAAAAAGGCAUGGGUUGUUACACGGUCUAGGGCUGCAGCUAUCCAUUAUUUAAGUAAUCAAGUAAUCUAUCGAUUAUUUUGUUCGGAUAAUCGAGUAAUAGGAAAAAACACACCUGAAAUCGUAUUUGGGGGAAAAUAGUUCAAAUAAACAAUUUUUUCCUGCUUCCUAUAAUCUUCACUAUUUUUUCUAAUAAAUGCACACCAGCAACAUUGGAAUUGCACCUUUAACAUGUGUUCAUUAUUUGGAAAAAAAAAAAGUUUGCUGCCCCACAAAUCGCAGCGUCCACUCACCACCGCUCUCGUGAGAGCUCUAGUGCAGUGGCCAUGCGUAAAAUAUGGCCGUAUAUUUAAAUUUUUUUGCAAUUGUUAUUAAUUAGACUCAAACGAUUAAUCGAAGCAAAAAAUAUAUAAAUCUAAGUUUUUUUCUAAUCGAUUUAAUCUUACACGGUCAGUGAUGAGGUCAUCGCAUACAUCACUGCAAAGAUGAGUGAGGAGACUCCAACAAAUUUUUCAUUAUUAUUAAAUUUUAGAUACAACUGCUACCAAAGUUUUAGCAAAAAAAUUACAAACAUUCACGUGAAAUAUAAAAAAAAAUGUUUGACAUUCUGAUGAUAAAAUUGCUUUGUGUCAAAAUAUUGGUGUCUUUUUUUAAAGUUUCUUUAAAUUAUGCAAGCAAGUAAUUUACUGUGAUUAAUCGCCAUUAAUCAAAAUUUACAAGUGUCAUUAAUCUGCUAUAAAAAAUUAAUCGUUUGAAAGCACUGCUAAAAAAAACAUCUGAUAACCUAUUUAUUUUAAAUUAAAUGGUAAGUGAAAUGGAUGUUUCCAAAUAUAACACUUCAGAUAGUCUUACAACAAUGAUACUACUCUAUGUUAAAUGACAUUGAUACAAAGGGCAGAUCAAAUGUUGUCAGCUUUACAGCUGAAUGUCCACAGUGUUUAUUCUCCAAAGAGACAGCUCCCUCUGCAGUGGACAUUUGGGUUUUGCAUAACAGGGCUAUUUGUAACUGACUAAAGAAAAAAAAUGUCCACUGCAAGAGGAUACCGUUUCUUCGGUGCUUUAUAAAUAAAGUUGAUUUGAUUUGAUUUGAUAUACUGUACGUGCAGAGGUCAGUAGAGUAGCUAAACAUUGUACUCCUGUAAGAGUACCGUUACUUUACAGCAGGGGUUUUUAACAUUUUUGACCUUGGGGCCCAACUUUUCCACUACAGAGAGGCCCAGGGCCCACUCAAAAUGUAAGGCUAAAUUAGUAAUCUUACUCUUGUUUUUAAGCAUAUUCAAUAAUUAUAUCUAGCAUACUUACAAUUACAAUUGUCAAAUAAUAUGUAACCAUGUGUUAAUAGCAAAUAUUUUUAUUUAUUUAACACAUAAAUAUUAAGUUUUGAUCAGGCUGAUUAGAAAAAUAUAUACUGACCAAAUACACUGCAUAAACAUGGACUCAUAAAUAACAAAGGAAAAAUGUAUUUACAUACUGUGCUAAAAUAAAUAAACUAAAUUAAUAAUGAGAUAAUAUAUACGUUAGGU